AUGGCAGAGGUGAAGGAAGAGGAGCCAGAAGCAGAGGAAGAUCAGAUGGAGGGAGAGGAGCUAGAGAGGGAGGAAUUGGAUGAGUGGAUUGUGGACAUUGAGAUACAGGAGAACAAGGUGAAGGUAGAGGAGCCGGAAGCAGAGGAAGAUCAGGUGGAGGGAGAGGAGCUAGAGAGAGAGGAAUUGGAUGAGAUGUUUGUGGACAUCGAGAUACAGCAGAAAAAGGUGAAGGUAGAAGAGCCAGAAGCGGAGGAAGAUCAGAUGGAGGGAGAGGAGCUAGAGAGGGAGGAAUCAGAUGAGUGGAUUGUGGACAUUGAGAUACAGGAGAACAAGGUGAAGGUAGAGGAGCCAGAAGUAGAGGAAGAUCAGACGGAGGGAGAGGAGCUAGAGAGGGAGGAAUCGGAUGAGUGGAUUGUGGACAUUGAGAUACAGGAGAACAAGGUGAAGGUAGAGGAGCCAGAAGUAGAGGAAGAUCAGAUGGAGGGAGAGGAGCUAGAGAGGGAGGAAUCGGAUGAGUGGAUUUUGGACAUUGAGAUACAGGAGCACAAGGUGAAGGUAGAGGAGCCAGAAGCAGAGGAAGAUCAGACGGAGGGAGAGGAGCUAGAGAGGGAGGAAUCGGAGGACUUGAUUGUGGACAUUGAGAUACAGGAGAACAAGGUGAAGGUAGAGGAGCCAGAAGCAGAGGAUGAUCAGAUGGAGGGAGAGGAGCUAGAGAGGGAGGAGUUGGAUGAGAUGUUUGUGGACAUCGAGAUACAGGACAACAAGGUGAAGGUAGAAGAGCAAGAAGCAGAGGAAGAUCAGAUGGAGGGAGAGGAGCUAGAGAGGGAGGAAUCAGAUGAGUGGACUGUGGACAUUGAGACACAGGAGAACAAGGUGAAGGUAGAGGAGCCAGAAGUAGAGGAAGAUCAGAUGGAGGGAGAGGAGCUAGAGAGGGAGGAAUUGGACGAGAUGUUUGUGGACAUCGAGAUACAGGAGAACAAGGUGAAGGUAGAGGAGCCAGAAGUAGAGGAAGAUCAGAUGGAGGGAGAGGAGCUAGAGAGGGAGGAAUCGGAUGAGAUGUUUGUGGACAUCGAGAUACAGGAGAACAAGGUGAAGGUAGAGGAGCCAGAAGUAGAGGAAGAUCAGAUGGAGGGAGAGGAGCUAGAGAGGGAGGAAUCGGAUGAGAUGUUUGUGGACAUCGAGAUACAGGAGAACAAGGUGAAGGUAGAGGAGCCAGAAGCAGAGGAAGAUCAGAUGGAGGGAGAGGAGCUAGAGAGGGAAGAGUUGGAUGAGAUGUUUGUGGACAUCGAGAUACAGGACAACAAGGUGAAGGUAGAAGAGCAAGAAGCAGAGGAAGAUCAGAUGGAGGGAGAGGAGCUAGAGAGGGAGGAAUCAGAUGAGUGGAUUGUGGACAUUGAGACACAGGAAAACAAGGUGAAGGUAGAGGAGACAGAAGUAGAGGAAGAUCAGACGGAGAGAGAGGAGCUAGAGAGGGAGGAAUUGGAUGAGAUGUUUGUGGACAUCGAGAUACAGGAGAACAAGGUGAAGGUAGAGGAGCCAGAAGUAGAGGAAGAUCAGAUGGAGGGAGAGGAGCUAGAGAGGGAGGAAUCGGAUGAGAUGUUUGUGGACAUCGAGAUACAGGAGAACAAGGUGAAGGUAGAGGAGCCAGAAGCAGAGGAAGAUCAGAUGGAGGGAGAGGAGCUAGAGAGGGAGGAAUCGGAUGAGAUGUUUGUGGACAUCGAGAUACAGGAGAACAAGGUGAAGGUAGAGGAGCCAGAAGCAGAGGAAGAUCAGACGGAGGGAGAGGAGCUAGAGAGGGAGGAAUUGGAUGAGCGGAUUGUGGACAUUGAGAUACAGGAGAACAAGGCGAAGGUAGAGGAGGCAGAAGGAGCGGAAGAUCAGACGGAGGGAGAGGAGCUAGAGAGGGAGGAGUCGGAUGAGCGGAUUGUGGACAUUGAGAUACAGGAGAACAAGGUGAAGGUAGAGGAGCCAGAAGCAGAGGAAGAUCAGACGGAGGGAGAAGAGCUAGAGAGGGAGGAAUUGGAGGAGAUGUUUGUGGACAUCGAGAUACAUGAGAACAAGGUGAAGGUAGAGGAGCCAGAAGCAGAGGAAGAUCAGACGGAGGGAGAGGAGCUAGAGAGGGAGGAAUUGGAUGAGAUGUUUGUGGACAUCGAGAUACAUGAGAACAAGGUGAAGGUAGAGGAGCCAGAAGCAGAGGAAGUUCAGAUGGAGGGAGAGGAGCUAGAGAGGGAGGAAUCGGAUGAGUGGAUUGUGGACACUGAGAUACAGGAGAACAAGGUGAAGGUAGAGGAGCCAGAAGCAGAGGAAGUUCAGAUGGAGGGAGAGGAGCUAGAGAGGGAGGAAUCGGAUGACUUGUUUGUGGACAUCGAGAUACAGGGGAACAAGGUGAAGGUAGAGGAGCCAAAAGCAGAGGAAGAUCAGAUGGAGGGAGAGGAGCUAGAGAGGGAGGAAUCGGAUGAGCGGAUUGUGGACAUUGAGAUACAGGAGAACAAGGUGAAGGUAGAGGAGCCAGAAGCAGAGGAAGAUCAGACGGAGGGAGAAGAGCUAGAGAGGGAGGAAUUGGAGGAGAUGUUUGUGGACAUCGAGAUACAUGAGAACAAGGUGAAGGUAGAGGAGCCAGAAGCAGAGGAAGAUCAGAUGGAGGGAGAGGAGCUAGAGAGGGAGGAAUCGGAUGAGUGGAUUGUGGACACUGAGAUACAGGAGAACAAGGUGAAGGUAGAGGAGCCAGAAGCAGAGGAAGAUCAGAUGGAGGGAGAGGAGCUAGAGAGGGAGGAAUCGGAUGACUUGUUUGUGGACAUCGAGAUACAGGGGAACAAGGUGAAGGUAGAGGAGCCAGAAGCAGAGGAAGAUCAGAUGGAGGGAGAGGAGCUAGAGAGGGAGGAAUCGGAUGAGCGGAUUGUGGACAUUGAUAUACAGGAGAACAAGGUGAAGGUAGAGGAGCCAGAAGCAGAGGAAGAUCAGAUGGAGGGAGAAGAGCUAGAGAGGGAGGAAUGGGAGGACUUGAUUGUGGACAUUGAGAUACAGGAGAACAAGGUGAAGAAAGAAGAGAUAGAAGAGGAGAUACUGCUGGUGGAAUGA